CCCAAACAUGACUUAUGAGACAAAUGAAGAUUGGCUGUUCAGGCCACUGCUGUAUCCAGGGUCAUUGUUGAAUUGGAAGAUGGUGCACUGCCAAAUGGAAGAUGAGCAAUACUGCAGCUAGCCCGAUGUCAGCUAUUGCCUCUUCAAGCAGUGGAAGGGGGAUAGGAAAAUCAACAAGCUUCACUCCUGAACUGCAAAGUAUGAUGUUUUCCUUAGGGGAUGCUCGCAGGCCACUUCAUGAAACAGCAGUGUUAGUGGAAGACAUUGUCCACACUCAGCUGAUUAAUUUGUUGCAGCAAGCAGCUGAAGUUUCUCAGUUGAGGGGAGCACGAGUCAUCUCUGCUGAAGAUCUUCUGUUUUUGAUGCGCAAAGAUAAGAAAAAGCUGAGAAGGCUGCUUAAAUAUAUGUUUUUCCGAGACUACAAAUCUAAAAUUGUCAAAGGCAUUGAAGAUGAUGAUCUUGUUGAAGACAAAUUCAACAGUAGCAGUGUCAACAAAAGGCAGAAACUUGCUCAAGACUUUCUCAACUCCAUUGAUCAGACUGGAGAGCUCUUAGCUAUGUUUGAAGAUGAUGAAAUCGAUGAUGUUAAGCUGGAGAGGAUGGAGAGAGCAGAAAGGCAAACACGGAUGAUGGACUCAGCCCAGUACGCAGAAUUCUGCGAAAGUCGACAGCUGAGCUUUUCCAAGAAAGCGUCCAAGUUUCGUGAUUGGUUAGACUGUAGCAGCAUGGAAAUAAAACCAAAUGCAGUUGCCAUGGAGAUUUUGGCAUAUUUAGCCUAUGAGACGGUGGCACAGUUGGUGGACUUGGCUCUCUUGGUCAAACAGGAUAUGGCUCCGAAAGCAGGUGAUCCAUUCACUCAUGCAAUAUCUGCUACUUUCAUACAGUAUCACAACUCUGCUGAGCCACAUCUCUUAGGCCAGGCCACAAGUAUGAAGACCAGUCUCGACUCCCCUGAAAAUACACCACCCCCUACACCUACUCCCCCAACGUCAGCAGGAUCACAACACCUUGGAAAAACCCAGUCUGGAGCCAUGGGGAAUGGAGGCAUUGGACAAGAUUCUACCAAAGCCAAGCAAAGAAAAAGAAAAAAGAGCUCUGCAGCCUGUGGUAUAGAGGCUCAAAGCGAUGCCAUCCAGCCUGGCCACAUCAGAGAGGCCAUUCGACGUUACGGCCACAAGAUUGGCCCCCUUUCCCCAUUCACAAGUGCCUACCGCAGAAAUGGGAUGACUUUUCUAGCCUGCUAAUAUGGAUGUGGCUGAGGCAACAGGAAAGACACUGUUAUAUUAAGGGAGUGGCUGUCAACAUCUCAGCAUUCACCAGAUUGAAACACUGAUGUCAUCGUGAAGCUUUCCAGUCACUAUGGGGCAUUGGGUCAUCUUAAGGCACUUAUGGACCUGAGUAGUCCUCUUGAUAGCAAUGGGACUAGACAAGUGCUUAAAGUUUCACACCUGCUUAAGUUCUUUAUUGGGAGGACCCAAAUCUGCUGCCGUUGAUGUCAAUGAUAACAUUUUCAUUGGAUUCAAUGGUUGAAGAACAUGCCACCACCCUUUUUUUUUUUAAUCCUGUUUUUCCACUAGGUUUUUCUUUAUUGUUUGUUUGUUUUUAAAUCUUGAGUCUUCCCUUGAUGCCUCUCGCCUCCUUCACUCUUCCAGGCUUUGCUUUCCUCGUGAGGACAUUCAUUUCUUCCCAUGACAACUGUACAAAGAUAGAACUAACCACAGAGAUGCUCAAACAGGCAAAAAGGCACCGAUCCCAAUCCUCCAUCAGGAUCUACCAGUGUCUACAAGGGCAUUUCCCUGGCCCAGGGGUCUGUUUCCAAUCCCAGAGUUGGGGGAGGUUUUGGGGGGGAGUCCACAGAAACUUUAGACUUGAGAGAUCAGAGAGAUAACUGACUCUAUUACUUCUUUACAGUAUGGCCAUCUAUUCCCAUUCCUCCUUUAUACUGUUUUUAGCUGUAUAUGUUUUCAUUGCCCUGCACUCCUGAACCCACUUCUGAAAACUAAAA